UCGUUACGUCUGCUGUUACGUGCUUCCGGUUUGGAUUAUUUCGUCCAUGCGAUUCGCCUGAAACGGUGGUUUCAACGCUGAAGAGAAAAACGAAUAAAACCCACAGCAGAGAUGUUUAAACUGGAAGGACUCGGACCUAAAAUGGACCCGGAGGAGAUGAAGAAGAAAAUGCGACAAGACGUCAUUUCUUCAUUACGAAACUUUCUUAUUUACGUCGCCCUCCUCAGAGCCACUCCAUAUGUGUUGAAGAAGCUGGACAGCAUAUGAACGGAGCCACUGGUCUCUUCUUCCCUCCAUCCACUCAGAGUUCACUGCAACAGAGACAGCAUGGAUCUCCAUCCAGCAGAGUGGGGCCAUUACAGCAUCACUGUGGAAAAUGACCAAUGUUUGUCCACCGCUGCACCAGAGAUACCAGCUUGUUCUCAUUUUCAGUUUUGUUUCAUGUUGUAAACAAUAGUUUGCCUUUUUUUUUUUUUAAAUUCAACAUAUUGUGGUCUUUGUUAAAUGCGGAGUUUGUGUUUGAUAGCGUGUCUGCCAGCUGUCACACAAUAAAGUGAAACCAUGUUGAUUUUGUUGGUUUAAAA